UUAAUAGGCCAAGAACCUCUCGUUUGCGCUCAAAAAGAUCGCUUUUUUUUAUUAGUUUUUUUUCUUCUCUUUUUUUAGCUCUUGAUGCUCUGUGUAGUUCUGAGAGGAAACAAUCGACGAUGACGCCGCCGCCGCUGGAGCAUGACUACAUCGGGCUCACGGCGACGAAGGAGGCGCCGGAGAAGGUCCCGGUUGAGGAGGAGGAGCGGAAGCUUGGAUUCAAGGAGACUGAGCUGCGGCUUGGGUUGCCUGGGUCUCAAUCGCCGGAGAGAAACAAAGGGAUGGUGAAGAGCUUGGUUUCGGGAGCGAAGAGAGGGUUUUCGGAUACUAUUGAUGGGGUUGGGAAGUGGGGGUUGGGUGGAGGGGCUGGAUCGGAGGUGGAGGUGGGGAAAGGUAGUGGCUUGUACUCGCCGAGAGGGGAGGGAGGGGUGGGGAGUGGGAGUGGG